AUGAAUUAUGAUAAAGAUGAGGAGGGGUCUCAGACCGACCUCCUCAAGAAGAAUGAUAAAUCCCAUAACAUCAACUAAAGUGAUACCGGUAGUGUUAAAGAGGAUUAAAAGAAAAGGAGAAACAGAAUCAUCAAAAUAGCUCUGAUAAUUCUUCUCAUUAUAGGUGUAAUUCUAGCUAUCGUGCUACCAUUGACACUGAAGAGUAAAGACGACCAUAAUGAUAGCCCGGUACCUCCACCACCUACACCACCUUCUCCUCCAGUUCCAGAUAACUAUAAUCCUUAUUCACUUGAUAAGAAAAAUAUCUAGACUGAUAAUUAGGCAACGUUCUCUGGCUAUCUAAGUUCAUCAGAGACCUAUAAUCCAUAGAAGCAUCAAUCAGCUUUUAAUAAGCUAUUUAAGUCUUCAGAAGCAACCAAAGACAAGUUAGGAGUAGAAUCAAAGAAAAUUCCUUAGGGAUAGAACAAUCCAUUUAUCAAGAAUAUCCAGUUCAACUUCGAAAUGAUGAACUAAAAAGUUGCAAGACUUGAGAUGACUGAUAAGGAUAAUAAAAGAUUUAGUAUUCCAGAAAAUAUCCUACCAAGGCCAGGCUAUGACCUUUCAAUGAGACUUGAAAUGAAUGGCUUCAACUACAAUUUGAAUCCAUUUUCUUUCAAGUUCUAAGAUCCUGUAGACCCUAAGAACGUUUUCCUCACUACCGAGAACUAGACUAUGGUAUUCAUGGACAAGUUCAUUCAAAUAGAUUUCCUCCUCCCCUCUUAAAGAAUUUUUGGAUUUGGAGAAAGAGUUCACGACUUCCAACUUGGUGAAGGUACAUGGACGAUGUGGGCUAACGGGUAAGACUAAAAGGUUGAUGAUGGAGAAGGAAGAAGAGGCACAUACGGAGUGCAUCCAUUCGUGCUUGUUCAAGGCAAAAACAAAGGCGACUUUUUCGGUCUGUAUUUCAGAAAUUCCAAUGCCUAAUCACCAAUAAUCAAGUAUAAUGACAAUGGUUAAAGUGUCUUAAGCUAUAUCUCCAUUGGUGGCUAGCUUGAGGUAUACUUCAUCUUGCACGGCUCUGUGAAAUAAGUGAUGGGUGCUUAUCAAAGUCUGCUAGGAAAUUCCAUAAACCUCCCACCUUUCUGGUCUCUUGGCUGGCAGCAAGCCUCAUAGAAAUACAAAGAUCAGGCUUCAGUCAAAGCAAUGCUGUCUAAAUAUUCAGAAAACAAAAUUCCUUUAGAUGCCGUGUAUCUUGAUAGCAGUUAUCUUCUUGCUGAUGCAAAUUUCCAAGUUGACAAAAAGGCUUUCGAUGAUCUACCUGGACUCUAUACGAUAAUGAAGGAUAAUUAGGAGAAGUUAAUUCUCUCAGUAGAUGCAUCAAUCGUUGCAGAAAGCCCAGAUGAUUCCUACUACAAGAAAGGAAAAGGACUUUACAUUUAGUCAAAUAAAGAUGGAAAGGGUGCCAGUGGAGAUCUCAUUAAUUUAAAACCAAAUGGAAAAAAAGCCGUCUUCAUCGACUGGUACAAUGAUUAGUGUCUGCCCUUCUGGUAAGAUGCAAUUUAGCAAAUCUACACUUAGGUAUCAUUUGACGGUCUUUGGCUCGACAUGAACGAACCAGUAACUCAGAAACCAGGUGAAAUUAGCAACCCAUCUUCAACAGUACACAGAAAGCUACUUCAAGGUGAAAACAGUGACGAAGAUUACACAUGGUAUGGCACUUUUGACCAAGAUAAAUAUGGUCAGAGUACUUUCUAUCUUCCCUUUGUUCCUCAGUAUCAUGAUCAACCCAAUUAGUACGGUAACUUUGACAAUAUUACACUCUCUUUGAAUGCCACCUAUCCAAGCAACAAACAAACUGAAUAUGAUUUGCAUAAUCUCUACGGCCACAUGUCUGCCAAAAGAACCUAUGAAGUCCUAAAUAGUGCUAAAGCUCCUGGCUCUCUGAAUAACUAUAGAACCUUCAUUCUCAGCAGAGGCAACUUUUUAUCUUCAGGCAAAUAUGCCUCUCACUCACUUGGCUAGAACAUCAGAUCUUGGGAAUUCAUGAAGCAGUCUAUAGCCGGAAUCGUCAGUAUGAAUGCCUUUGGAAUUACUUAAGUUGGAGCUGAUGUUUGCGGGUACUCUGGAAAGAAACUAGACCAAGAAAUGUGCGCCAGAUGGAUAUAAUUAUCCACAUUCUAUCCACUUGCAAGAUCAAAUCAAAAUGACAAGAACGGUGAUGAUGUUGAUGAAAACUAGGAACCAUAUAACCUUAAGGACAAAUAUUUCACAAUGGCUUUGAGCUCAAUCCAAGAUAGAUACCAAUACUUGAGACACAUGUACACUUGCAUGUACGAAGUUAGUACUUCUAGUGGAUCUUGUUUUGAUCCUCUGUUCUACUACUACCCUGAGGAUGACAAUCUCUUCGGGGAUACUUCAUCUUCCUUCAUGGUGGGAGGAGCUAUAAAGGUCACCCCAGUACUCAUAUCCUAAGUAGAUUCUAGUUAAUUCUAAGCUUACUUCCCUAAAGGAUAAUGGGUUAACUUAGCUAAUCCAGCUGAAAUCCUCGGCAACAAUGAUGCAGGCUCAAUUCAUGUUCUUAAUGCCAAUUAAAACACAGUAAACGCUCAUUUAAGACCAGGUACUUGGAUCCCUUGGCAAGAUUACAAGGUCACUCAAGCCAAAACUACCAACGAUCUUCUGAACUUCCCUAUUUCAAUAGUCGCUAACAGAGACUAAAACGGUAAUGCAAAAGGAUCAUUGGUCUUAAACAGAGGGUAAAUAUAAGACGAAAGCAGUGUCUACUUCCAGUUCUCGCUACAAUCUAAUUCACUUAUAGCUUAGCAAGGCAGAUAAAAUGAUUAUUAGGAUCCAGCAAUGACGUUCUAAGAUCUCAGGAUACUAAAUGCUAAGGAUUUGGAAAACACCGACUUUGCUUGCGUUCAAGACUUUGAUAUGAAGAUCACUUUACUUGAUAAGCCAAAUUAUGAUUCAUAAAUCGCUGUGCUAACUCUUGCUCCAUUAAAAGGUACUAAGGUAUAAUUCUCUCAAAUAAGACACCUUUACUUCGGAAAUUCAAAGACAGAUAUAAAUCUCUGCUCAGAUGACACUUUCAAAUACAAAGUAAAGGGUGAUGCACCUAAACUUGACUAGAGAUCUGCUCAGUUUACAAUUACACCAUACUCAGCAGCUCUCCAAGAAUUGCAAGUUACUCUAAACAUUAACACUGAUUACAUGCUGAACAUUAAGUGGAACUAUGCAAACAAGCCAGCAGCUUAUGUUGCUCCAUUUGAAGUGCCAAAGAAUGUUAUUGGGGAUAACCCAACAAAGGACACUUAAUACAAGUUAUCAUAGUUAGUUAAGGUUAACUAAGAUCCUUUCUAGUUGACAAUUAUGGAUCCUAAAGGCAAUUAACUUUUAUCCAUCGAUAAUUUACUGCUUGAUUAAUAUCUAAACGUGAUAAAGACAACCGUUACAACUAUGAAGGGAUAAGACUUCAAGGGAAUUUUCGGAUUAGGGGAGAGAGCUAAUCACGAUUUCUUCUACAAGGAUGGAAUUUACUCUUUGUGGACAAGAGACAUUCCCACACCAAUCGAAGAUGGCAAACCACCAGGUAAAAACAUGUACGGAACCCACCCUCUUUACAUGCACAAAAGAGACAUUGGUAAUUGGAUUGGAGUCUUCUACAGACUUGCUCAAGCUCAGGAUUGGAUAGUAAAAAAUGAUGCUACCAAUGGUUUAAUCAAUCUACAAACUUACUCAACAGGUGGAAUCGGAGAUAUUACCCUCAUGAUGGGAACAAAGCCAGACGAGAUAGUUAGUGCUUACUGGGAAAUAGUUGGUAAGCCAGUUGUUGUUCCACAAUGGUCUCUUGGAUGGCAUCAAUGCAGAUAUGGAUAUGACAACACUCAACAACUGAUCGAUGUAGUCAACGGCUAUAAGCAAAAUUCCAUUCCCUUAGAUGUACAAUGGUCUGAUAUUGAUUACUUGUCCGCGUACAAAGAUUUUACCUACGAUGAUUCUGAAUACAGAUACAAAGAUUUGGAUGUGUUCGUUUCUAAUUUGAACAAAGAAAAUAAGAGAUAUAUUCCAAUUUUAGAUGCAGGUAUAGCUUUAAGACCAAGCCAAAACUAUGAUGCUUAUGACCAAGGCAAAGACAAGGAUAUUUACAUUAAGAUAAAAGAAAAUGAAGAUCUAAUAGUUUAAGUUUGGCCAAAGGAUGCAGUUUUCCCAGAUUUCUUCCAUCCAGAUACUAAUCAGUGGUGGAAAGACUAACUUACUAAGUUCAGCAAAAAGAUUACCUUCAGUGGGUUGUGGCAAGAUAUGAAUGAAGCCUCUGAUUUCUGUGGAGGUCUUUGCUAUUAAAGCCAGCAAGUAGACAGUCCAGUUAAGUAUAAGCUUAAAUAUCUACCUACUGGACAUGAUUUGGAAACCAUAUCAAUGCCACUUGAUGCAUUCCAUCAUGGAGGAAUACUUGAACUAGAUGCUCAUUCACUAUUUGGAACUUUGUAAGUAUCAGCAAGUAAUGAUUGGUUCAAGGAGAACAAUAUGAGAACCUUCAUCAUUGAGCGUAGUUCAUUUGCAGGCAUGGGUAAAUUUGGAUCUAGAUGGUUAGGCGACAACUACUCAACAAAAGAGUAUAUGGGGCUCUCUGUAACUGGAGUAAUGCUAAUGAAUAUGUUUGGAAUCACAAUGUCAGGUUCUGAUAUCUGUGGAUUUAUGUCUGAUACUACUCCUGAAUUAUGUGCAAGGUGGCAUAUGGUUGGAGCCUUCUAUCCUUUUAGUAGAAAUCACAAUACUAUGGGUGCCAUUUCACAAGAGCCAUAUGUGGAUAUGUUCUAAAAGCCAUAUAACAAAGCUGGAGUUACAUAUACUUAAAUCAUGACCAGAGCAAUUAAUAUGAAAUACAGUAUGAUCAGAUACUAUUAUACUCAAAUAAUGCUACAAAGCCUUGAAGGUAAAGAAUCUCUCUACAAGCCUUUAUUCUUUGAAUUCCCUGAAGAAGCAGGAGCUUAUGAAAAUUUACAGUAUAAUAUAAUGCUCGGAUAAGCACUCAAGUUAGGUAUUUAGAGUGAUACUCUUGCUCAAGAUACAACAUCAUUCUAUUACCCUAAAGGAUUAUGGUGUAACAUUAUAUCUCCAGAUGAAGAUCCUUGUUUCCUAUCAACAGGACAGCUCAUUCCAAAGGAUUCAUUUGCUUACAGUUUCUAUCUCAGUUUAAGAGAAGGAUACCUAGUCCCAAUGUAAAACGCUUAAGCUCUUGGAAUAAUGACUUCUUAUGAUCUCUAGCAAAAUCCAGUAGACUUCCACAUUCUUGGUACAAUAACAACUGCUCCAGACUGGUCGUCCCAAGGUGAAUACUUCAAUGAUGAUGGACUUUAAGUUACUUUUGAUAAAAACUAUAAUAGAGUCAAGAUCUAAGUCCAAACCUAACUAAGCGAUCCAAAGGAUAAGAUCUUAAUUAAUUUCAAUCAAGUUGCCAGAGCGACUUGCACUCAACCUGUGAAUGACAGAUGCCCACCAAUUAACUAAAAUGAUCUUAUUGGUAACAUCUACAUUUACUACGCCAAAACCUACAAAGUUUCAACCACCACCUAUAAAGUUACUGCUACCCUCACAGAUGAGAAAUAGCAAACUGAAACCGUUGAUCUCGGCACAACAACAUAUAACACCGAUUUCGAUAGACUUGAGUUAAAACCACAAAAUCAACAAAAGCUUUUGCUCCCAUAUUUGGUCAAGAUCACUUAUUCAAUUUGA